CCCUACAUCAACAUGCACAACCUCGUCUCCCUCUCCCUUAGUUCCCUCACUUCCUCAACUUCUCACAUAGUUGUACAUGUGAGAGACAAACACUUCCUCCCCAAAAAACAGGCCGACUUUUUCUCCAUGAGAAUCACCACCAACUAUGAACUCACCCAAUAACAGCCCCACCGCUUCCACAAAACUUCCAGACCUUGCACAACCCCCUCUCACCACACCCCAACUCUCCAACUGUGAUGGCCCCUGCGCCUCUGUGGGGCAAGCAUGCGCAGCCUGCAAGUACCAGAGGAGGAGAUGCGCGCCGGACUGCCCGCUAGCGCCUUUCUUUCCGGCGGAUAGAGUGAAGGAAUUUCUCAACGCCCACAAGCUUUUUGGAGUUGGUAACAUUCUCAAAAUACUGAAGAGGGUGCCCCAGCACGAGAGGCACAACACCAUGAGAUCUGUUAUAUUUGAAGCCAAUGUACGGGCGAGAGACCCCGUCGGGGGUUGCCAUCGCUUGAUUCGCGACAUGGAAGAGAGAUUACUGUUAUGCAGCUCCGAACUCGAUUUUGUAAUGAAAAAACUCGCCUUUUAUAAGUAUAACCUAUUGCUGAAUGAUGAGACGCCCAACUCCAACAUUUAUGAUUUCGUCCAGAACACUAAGUCCGAGCGGGCUAUUGGUGUCGGAAGCCUGCUAUUCGCAGGUUGCAGCCAUGAAGAACUAAUUAAGGUUGAAAUGGUGGAACAAUUCUUGAACGAUAAGCCUACUAGACUAAGUAACGAAACGGAAGAUCCAAAGCCAGAUGUGUCUGUUGAGACACACGAGAGCAAAGAAUCAAAGGAAUCCUGGUCAGUGUGAAUAGGAUGCAUAAAGCUGACAACAACUGAAAGAAGCCUCAACGACUCAAAGGAUAAUGCGUCCGUGAUUUCUAAUGAAAACUUAAAACAGUGGGACUGUAAAUAUCCUUUUUAUUUUUUGCCUGUUUGUAUGGAUAGGUAGAAUCCUUUUCUGUGUACAGAUUGUAUAGUCAGUAGUUCCCCUAAAAAGAGAAAAUGUAUAGUCAGUAGUUUAGUGUGGUUUGGCAACUUUAAUUAGCUUGUAACCCAAGUGAGGGUUCAAAGGUGUUUGAACGUUGGUUGUUCCUAUGGUGGAGGGGAGGGCAUCCACUGAAACCUGCCACUCUCCACGGUGGAAGCACGUCAGGCCGGUUAAGAUUUGUGCGUUUGAUCGGGAUAUUCGACUUU